AUGAUUGUAAGGAAGAUGGUGAAGAGCUAUAUUAAUUCUCUUGAGUUUGCAUCACCACGAUUGAAGAAUGAUAGGGGGGUUGUUUUGGAUGCUGUUAAAAAGAAGGGAUCAUCCAUUAAAUUCGUACCACAACAUUUGAUUGAUAGAGAGUUGGUAUUAAUUUCUGUGAAAACUUAUUAUUUGGCAAUUAAGUAUGCCCCUUUGGAGUUGUUAAAUGAUAGAGAGAUUAUAUCAUCAGCUGUUAGAACUUCAGGAUUAUCUUUUGAUUUUGCAUCUACAGAACUCAAAUGUGAUAGAGAGUUUGUUCUCGAAAUGGUUAAAUUGAAGGGUAAUUGCUACAAUUAUUUAACAAUGAAUCUCCAGCAGGACAGAGAAAUCGCCAUAGAAGCUGUAAAAUCAUCACCACACUCAUUAUCAUAUGCACCUAUCAACAUCCGAGAGGAUGAUGAAAUAGUUUCAAUAGCACUCAAAAAACAAUUGAGCAUCGUUACUAAUUUAUCAAAUAGAUUUAAAGAUAACCCUGAUUUCAUCUACGACUGUGCAUCAUCAGCAUAUCAAGUAUUUCUUUAUAUCAGAUAUUGCAACUAUCCUUUGGCACAAGAUGAAGAUUUCAGAAUGAGGCUGAUUCAAAAGUUUACAGAUUAUAGUCAUUUUUUUUCAAUGACAAUGGAAGGAAACAUAGGUAACGAUCUUUGUUUGAAGUUUAUUGAAAUAGAUCCGGAUUGCCUUGAAAAGGUUGGACGUGAAGAUAUUUAUAACAAUAGGAAAUUAUUAAUGGAUUUACUGCCACACAAUGAAAAAGUUCUUGAUCUAAUUCCUGAGAGUUUAAGUAAUGAUAGAGAAUUAAUUAUAAGAGCGGUAAGAAUUUAUCCUGAUGCGUUGAAAAAGGCUUCCAAAGAGCUAUGUUCUGAAAGAGAGUUGGUAACCAAGGCCUUACUAUAUGAUUCUGGAAAUUUUGAGUUUUUAUCAGAAGAAUUAAGGAGUGAUAGAGGGCUAAUAGAUGAUAUAAUUAAUCGAGAUGGAUCCAUGAUAAAAUACAUACCAGAGAAAUUUAGAAACAAUAGAGAAAUUAUAAUGACAGCAAUAAGGCAUUCAUGCUCAGAUAUUUAUCCCUUUAUAGGUUAUGAAUUAAAAGAGGAUAGAGAACUCAUUUUAGAAUCCGUGAAAAAUUCAGGUAUUAUUCGUAAUGUUAUCCAAGAUUUUAAAAACGAUAGAGAGAUAGUACUAACAUCUAUUCAACAAAAUGGUGAUGAGUUUCAAUAUGCUUCCAAAUAUCUACGUAGUGACAGAGAACUAGCAUUGAUUGCCAUUAGAAUGUAUUGUUCUCUAAAGCAUAUUUUUGUAGAAAUAUUGGAUAGAGAGCUUGUUUAUGAAGCUUGUAAGCGAUCAUCUAAUAAUUUAGAGUUUGCUUCCGAUUUUAGAGAUGAUGAAGAGAUUGUUAUGGCUGCUGCAUGUUCAAAUUCUGGUUAUAAAUUUUUCUCAUUUGCAAGCGAGCGAUUGAGAAGUAAUAGAGAUUUCGUUUUGAAGGUUUCUAAGGUUAGUCCUUGUAUUAUUGAGUUUAUUUCAAAAGAACUGUGUCAAGAUAGAGAAAUUAUCAUGAACGCUGUCUCAUUCAAUGGAUAUUUACUGAAACAUGCAUCAGAACAGUUGAAAAGUGAUAGGGAAAUUGUAGAGAAGGCCAUUAGUUCAGAACCUACUUCUCUGGGAUUUGCUUCAGAGCAUUUGAUGCAUGACUUGGAGUUGUUUACAAAAGCUGUAGCAACAAAAUUAACACAGCAUCUUUCGUCACAGAAAGAAAUGAUGGAAAAAAUUGAUGAUUCUACAUUUGUGAAAAGUAUUGAAAAUGAGAGUUUACUGCUUCUUUUUCCUGAUUCUGUAAAAAGAAACAGAAAGCAUGCUAUCAAGGCCGUUAAUAAUAGCAUGAACAAUAUUGGAUAUGUACCAUACGAUUUGAUUGAUAAGGAAUUUAUCAUGGAAAUUUCCCCUAAAGAGUUUGAUUUAUUAUUACUUCCACUCAAAUGGAGAAGUGAUAGGGAUAUUAUAUUGAAGGCAUUGGAAAGUAAUGGAAAAUCAAUAGUUUACAUUUCUGAUGAAUUUAAAAAUGAAUUCAAACACAACAAGGAAAUACUACUGAAAGCCAUGAAAACUGAUUCAAUUCCUUUCCUAUAUGCGAGUGAAGAGUUACAAAAUGAUCGUGACUUUGUUUUGGAAUCCGUUACAACAAAUGGAAUGGUAUUGAAUCAUGUUCCACCCCAAUUCAAGCUUGACAGAGAGGUUGUAUUGGCAGCUGUCAAAAAUGAUGGAGAUUCAAUUCAAUUUGUUGCCACUUGUUGUUUCUUGAAGGAUAGAGAAAUUAUGUGGAAUACAGUUCAAAAUGUGAAAUUGACACCAGAUGGAAAACGAUAUAAUCCAUUACAAUAUGGAUCAUUUGAAAUACGGAGUGAUAGAGAGCUAGUCCUGGAAGCUGUUCGCCACGACAAAACUGCCCUUCAAUAUGCUGUUCUAGAAUUACGUUGCAAUGAGGAAUUCAUCACUCAAUGUGUGGAAAUUAACAUUUCAUGUCUAAUGCAUGCCCAUUAUCAAUUAAGAUAUAAUGCAGAUUUCCUGAAACGAUUGAAUAAGACUAGUAUUAUAAGAGAACAGACUAAUUUACAUACCCAUAUUGAUAUUGAGGGAUUAUUGGGAUUCUAUCCCAAGUUGAAAGAGUUGAUGGAUUGUUAA